UAUGUUUGUAAUUACCCAUCUAGGUUCUAUGUCCAUCUCUUCCAGGCGGAAAAGCAGCUGAUUGAAGUUUUGUGGCAGUCUGACUGGGAGGGCUGUAUUUGAAGCUCUGGGCACGUAGAGAUGGAAUGAGAAGGAAGCUGAUCUGGAAGAAACACCGAGGGGGGAGGGAAGAGGAGAGAAAGGGAGAGAGAGCAAGAGAGAGGGAGAGAAGAGAGAGAGAGAGAGAGAGAGAGAGAGAGAGAGAGAGAGAUCGCCAGCUACGCCUUCCUCUCAGCUCCAGGAGGCCCCGGCCAGCGCUCAUUCCCGAACUGUGGAACAGGAGUCCGGGGAGGCCAGGCAGCCCUGCGCUCGGCCCUGGCCUGGCCCGUCCCUGGAGGACAGAGGCCCCUUGGCCCAGGCCCCACUCCUGGCGGGCUACAGAGCUCAGGGAGCGCACAGAGUGGGGAGCUGUCCAGUUCAGCACCACGGCGACGCAGUAGGUGGGCGCUCCUGCUCUGAGAGCUGUCCAGUCCAGCACCGCGGAGAUGCUGUAGGUGAGAGCGCCCGGUCGCGGGGAGCUGUCCAGUUCAGCACCACGGCGAUGCAGUAGGUGGGAGCGCCCGGCCGGGGAGAGCUGUCCGUUUCAGCAGCUCGGCGAUGCUGUAGCUAGGAGCGCCUGGCCCGGGGCUGCGCGGCGGCGAGCGGGGGAGGCGGGCGGGCCUGCCUGCUGCAAGACGCCGGCUCGCGCGCCCCAUCGCUCGCUCACUCGCUGGCUUCCAAGGAGCUUUGCGGAUCGGGGGAGGGAACCCCGCCUCGAUUCUCCGGGAGAAACCCCCUCCCUCCCCCACUUCGCCGACACUACCCCCGCCGCCAACAACAAUAACCGCGGCUGCUCGUCCUGCCGCCGCCGCCGCGCCCGCCAGCCCUGCUGCCGCCACCGCCGCCGCCGCCGCUGCCGCCGGGGCACAACCAUGGGAGGCGAGACCCCUGCACCGGUGCAGCUGAGCUCGAGGGCUUGCAGAAGACUGGGCAGUCUCCUCUGAAACGGAGGCACCCCGAGAACCCCCUCCCUUCCCAAGGAAGAGAACUGGCGAAGCCACGGAUUUUCAUGGCGCAGGCCGCAGAGCCGCGAACGAAGACCGAAGGUUGCUUCCCGGCUCUCCCAGUCUCUAACUGUCUAGGUCCGGACCAUGAGAGAUGGUGUUGAGAAUUCGACUGUUUCCUGGCGCGCUGUGGAAGCCAUCUCCAAAUUAGUGAUCACAUAUGGAAACUGGAGACCAGAAUUUUAGGAAAAGAGAUUAAGGCAUCUCACUUGGGGGGGUGGGGGGUGUCUUUUUAUUUAUUUUCCUUUUUUUAAAAAAAACGCUGCAACUGGAACAGUUUUUUGAUCUCAAAAGGCAAGCCUCUCUUCCCGUGUGAUCUUUAUAAUUUACACACUUUUCCGUGAGCUUUCUUAUCUCCCUUUUUUUAUAUCUCUCCAUAUUCUCUAUUCACACAUAUAUCCAUUAUAUUAGUAGUGGAAUUACCAUUCGCACCCUCACACACACGCUCCUGAGAACCAGAAGUCGGUUGGGUGUUUAUAUAAUGAAGAAUUAUGGGGCUGUUUGAUCGAGGUGUUCAAAUGCUUUUAACCACCGUUGGUGCUUUCGCUGCCUUCAGCUUGAUGACCAUCGCUGUGGGAACCGACUAUUGGCUGUACUCCAGAGGGGUUUGCAAAACCAAAAGUGUCAGUGAGAAUGAAACCAGCAAAAAGAACGAGGAAGUUAUGACCCAUUCCGGAUUAUGGAGAACCUGCUGCCUCGAAGGGAACUUCAAAGGUCUGUGCAAGCAAAUCGACCACUUUCCAGAGGACGCAGACUACGAGGCGGACACCGCAGAGUACUUCCUCCGGGCCGUCAGGGCCUCGAGUAUCUUCCCGAUCCUGAGUGUGAUCCUGCUCUUCAUGGGUGGCCUCUGCAUCGCAGCAAGCGAGUUUUACAAGACACGCCACAACAUCAUCCUGAGCGCUGGCAUCUUCUUCGUGUCUGCAGGUCUGAGUAACAUCAUCGGGAUCAUCGUGUAUAUAUCAGCCAAUGCUGGAGACCCCUCCAAGAGUGACUCCAAAAAGAACAGCUACUCCUACGGCUGGUCCUUCUACUUCGGGGCCCUGUCCUUCAUCAUCGCCGAGAUGGUCGGGGUGCUGGCCGUGCACAUGUUUAUCGACCGCCACAAACAGCUGCGGGCCACGGCCCGCGCCACCGACUACCUCCAGGCCUCCGCCAUCACCCGCAUCCCCAGCUACCGCUACCGCUACCAGCGCCGCAGCCGCUCCAGCUCGCGCUCCACCGAGCCCUCUCACUCCAGGGACGCCUCGCCCGUGGGCGUGAAGGGCUUCAACACCCUGCCGUCCACGGAGAUCUCCAUGUAUACCCUCAGUAGGGACCCCCUGAAGGCUGCCACCACGCCCACCGCCACCUACAACUCGGACAGGGAUAACAGCUUUCUCCAGGUCCACAACUGUAUCCAGAAGGAUAGCAAGGACUCUCUCCACGCCAACACAGCAAACCGCCGGACCACGCCCGUAUGAAGACCGUGGAACCGGGGGACCUGGGAGGCUUGGCCCGCGGGCGGGGGAGGGACCGCAGCAGCCACGGGGAAACCUUCCACACGCAAAAAAGCAAACAAACAAACAAGCAAACAAACAAAAAACAAAAAAAAACAAAAAAAGAGAAAAACAUAGCAAGUAAAUUUUAAAAAAAGAACAAAAUACAAGAGGAACAAAAUCAAAACCACAGGCUAUGCGGGAAAAAUAUAACCGAGGGAAGACAAACUUUAAACAAAGCAAGAGGGAUAAAAUUAAAAUAGAAAAUAAAUCUAAAAGAAAAUGCAUGAUUUCCCAUGUACCAUUAUUUUAACAUUUAAUAAAAACCAAUUUAAAUGAAAAAAUAAAAGGGAACCAAGAUAAUGUAAAGAAAAAAAAGACAAAAAAACAAAAAAAU